CCUCCCGCGGCCGGCCGCCCGCCGCUCGGUAUUAUGAUUAGCGCUGGGUGCGGGGUUCCGGCGGCCGGGAGGGAGUUGUCGGCGCCGCGGCCGCUGCGGACGGACGCCCGCCUGCCGGCUGAGGGGAGGAACCGGUCUAAAGAAGAUUCCUGCUCUGCCUUCCCUGAAUGUUUAUUUCUCUGCUGUCACUUCCAGAGCCUCCUGAGAGUCUGCUUCGGCACCUUCAGCAUUUGGCUUCUGCUCAGACCCAAAAGACUGGCAGCUUUCUGAAGGUCAAAGACCACUUCUUCGACCUGUAUAUCCACAGACUAGAGUAAUGCCCAGUAACAUUUGUGCACCCAGAAAAUGCCUUGAUGAUGAAACUUUAAAAAUUGAAGCUUAAGUUUUUGCUUUUAUGAGCUUGUUAAUAGAGACCAUGCCCACUAUAAUACAGUGAGCUGUCUCAGGUCUCUUUUCCUGGAAAGACUGUUUCCACCAUUGCAAUUUCAGUUCUUGGUUCAAACAACAGAAAACAGUUUCUUUUUGGGACUCAGCACUAGAGCACUUGCCUAGCAGGAGAAAGAAGCAACUAACAAAAUACAGUGAUAACAAGGAUUAUUCGGUAUGCAGUUUGCAGGAUGUCCAUGGCAACAUUGAAAAUGAAUUCUUUAUUUUCACCAGAUAUUCUUAUAUGAGAAGAUACAUUUCAAAUAUUAUAAAUAUUUUUCCUCCUUUUGGACCAGCAUGGCAGGAUUCAAACGAGGAUAUGAUGGAAAGAUUGCUGGAUUAUAUGAUCUGGACAAAACCUUGGGUCGAGGUCAUUUUGCAGUGGUUAAGCUUGCCAGGCAUGUCUUUACAGGUGAAAAGGUGGCAGUAAAAGUUAUUGAUAAAACAAAACUGGACACUCUAGCCACUGGUCAUCUUUUCCAGGAAGUGAGAUGUAUGAAACUAGUGCAACAUCCUAACAUUGUUCGCCUUUAUGAAGUUAUUGACACCCAGACCAAACUAUAUCUUAUUCUAGAACUUGGAGACGGAGGAGAUAUGUUUGAUUACAUAAUGAAGCAUGAGGAGGGUCUUAACGAAGACUUGGCCAAGAAGUACUUUGCUCAGAUAGUUCAUGCUAUAUCAUAUUGCCAUAAACUCCAUGUGGUUCACAGAGACUUAAAACCAGAGAAUGUAGUCUUCUUUGAAAAACAAGGUCUUGUAAAGUUGACAGACUUUGGUUUCAGCAACAAAUUUCAACCAGGGAAGAAGCUCACUACAAGCUGUGGAUCUCUUGCAUACUCUGCUCCAGAAAUUCUGCUUGGUGAUGAGUAUGAUGCACCCGCAGUAGAUAUAUGGAGUCUGGGAGUGAUCCUUUUCAUGUUGGUGUGUGGGCAGCCACCAUUUCAAGAGGCCAAUGACAGUGAAACAUUGACAAUGAUCAUGGAUUGCAAAUACACAGUACCAUCCCAUGUGUCUAAAGAAUGUAAAGACCUAAUCACACGGAUGCUACAAAGAGAUCCCAAGAGGAGGGCCUCUCUAGAAGAGAUUGAAAACCAUCCAUGGCUUCAGGGAGUGGACCCUUCACCAGCCACGAAGUAUAACAUACCCCUUGUGUCAUACAAAAAUCUCUCUGAAGAGGAGCACAACAGCAUCAUUCAGCGCAUGGUGCUUGGGGACAUAGCAGAUCGAGAUGCCAUUGUUGAAGCCCUGGAAACCAACAGGUAUAACCACAUCACAGCCACUUACUUCUUGCUUGCUGAAAGGAUCCUGAGAGAAAAGCAAGAGAAAGAAAUACAAACUAGAUCUGCCAGCCCUAGCAAUAUCAAGGCCCAGUUUAGGCAGUCAUGGCCAACCAAAAUCGAUGUACCCCAGGAUCUUGAGGAUGACCUCACAGCUACACCUUUGUCCCAUGCGACUGUUCCCCAGUCUCCUGCCCGGGCUGCUGACAACGUCCUCAAUGGCCACAGGAGCAAAGGCCUGUGCGACUCAGCUAAGAAAGACGACCUCCAGGAGUUGGCUGGACCAGCACUCUCCACGGUGCCACCCACAACCUUAAAACCCACUGCCAGUGGGCGGAAGUGUCUGUUUAGGGUGGAGGAAGAUGAAGAGGAGGAUGAAGAGGAUAAGAAACCCAUGUCCCUCUCAACACAAGUGGUUCUGCGCCGGAAGCCCUCAGUGACCAACCGCCUGACAUCUAGGAAAAGUGCUCCUGUCCUCAAUCAGAUCUUUGAAGAAGGGGAAUCAGAUGAUGAAUUUGACAUGGAUGAGAAUCUGCCUCCCAAGUUGAGCAGGUUAAAGAUGAACAUUGCUUCCCCUGGGACGGUUCACAAACGCUACCACCGGAGGAAAAGUCAGGGCCGGGGCUCCAGCUGCAGUAGUUCAGAAACCAGUGACGAUGAUUCUGAAAGCCGGCGGCGCCUGGAUAAAGAUAGUGGGUUCACCUACUCUUGGCACCGCCGGGAUAGCAGCGAAGGGCCCCCUGGCAGUGAGGGGGAUGGUGGGGGCCAGAGCAAGCCGAGCAAUGGCAGUGGAGGGGCGGACAAGACCAGCCCGAGUGAGAACAAUGCCGGUGGGGGCAGCCCCUCCAGUGGCUCUGGUGGCAACCCCACCAACACUUCAGGCAGCACACGCCGCUGUGCUGGCCCCAGCAACUCCAUGCAGCUGGCCUCGCGCAGUGCCGGGGAGCUCGUGGAGAGCCUCAAACUCAUGAGCCUCUGCCUUGGCUCCCAGCUUCACGGCAGCACCAAGUACAUUAUUGAUCCCCAGAAGGGCUUGUCGUUUUCCAGUGUGAAGGUCCAGGAAAAGUCCACGUGGAAAAUGUGCAUCAGCUCCACAGGGAACGCAGGGCAGGCCCCGGCAGUGGGCAGCAUAAAGUUUUUCUCUGACCACAUGGCAGAUACCACCACUGAAUUGGAACGAAUAAAGAACAGGAACCUGAAAAAUAACGUGCUCCAGCUACCUCUGUGUGAAAAGACCAUCUCUGUGAACAUUCAGCGGAACCCUAAGGAGGGGCUGCUGUGUGCCUCCAGCCAGGCCAGCUGCUGCCACGUCAUCUGACUGCGGCCCACUGGCCACUGGCACACCUCCUGCUCAGAGCCGCAAAGACCGGCUCGCUUCACUGUUUCCUUUCGGUUUUACUCUUUGAAAGUGGGUGUUAUGAGCAAUUAUUUAUUAGCUUUUCAUUUGUUCUCCUGACGCUGUGACAAUGCAUGGUCUUUGUGCAUGCUGCUAGACUCUUUUCUUUUCCAGCCGAAAAGUCUACUGUGUAAUUUUUACAUUCAUAAUUUUAAUGUGGAUGAUCAGGAUCAAAUUACAAUGUAUCUUUGGAACCUAACAUAAGUGGAGCACUUAGAAAUUUGAUGUUCUGCACUUAACCUAGGGAGAGAAAAUGCUUUUGUUUCCUUGUAAAAAAUCUAAAUUCCUGUCCUGACCUUCUGUGAUACGGAAACUCCGUGCUCUGAGGCACACUGUGGUGUCUGAGACAGAACCAAAGCAAUAACGUGGUAAAGCUGACAGGCCUGGGAGUGAGCCCAUGCUGCCCAACCACCCGUGGCCUGUGCAGAGCAGAGGACAGCAAGCAUCUGCACUGAGAACCUUAGAACUAUGAUUUGAACAUACCCACACCUGUUUGUCUUAAGCUAUAGUGUGAAAAAAAAAAAAAAGUUUGGGCUCUUAAAAUUUAACUGAAGAUUUUCUUGUUUUUGUAAUAGGUGCGAUAAA